GAAUUUGCUUCUAAAAAUAGUUUCAAAAUUUUAAUUCUUCCAUAACUAACAGUUUGGAAAUACAACUCUACUCGCCCCCAAGUUUUUGACAGUACAAUACUUUGUAAAGAAGAAGCAUAGUUGUCAAAAAAUGGUUGAGGAGAAAUAAGUUUUUGCAAAAAGAUGUGAAUCUACUUAUUUGGCAACUCAUAAAAAUUAUAUCCACGCUUAGUGUUUCAGUUAACAAAAAAAUUUUCGUUUGGAAAAACAAAAAAAGAAAACAGCUACAAAUAACUGAUGGGAACAUCGAAAAAUAUUCAAACACGAAUCACAGGACUAACAGGCGCGCGGGAAGCAACAACAAACGCCGCAGCGACAACGAUCUUGGAAAAUAGCACAACAUCAACAAUAUAAAAAGUCAAUAGUUUUUUCAUAUUAUAUAUAGCUUAUUACAUUUAUUGCACAGAAUCAUAACUGCUGAGUAACUGCAUGUAUUUGUUAAUAACGCAGUCAUUUUUUGGACUUAAAAUCUGUUCCAGCAUCAAAAAAUUGUUGUAAAUAUCGUUUAAGUUGAUUGAAUGCUUCUCGUCAAUGUAUACAAUAUAAAUUAUACGGGACAAAAACAAAAAAUAUAAACUUGACAUACGCACUGCAAUAACAUGCUAUGUCUUGGCUGACUGAUUUAAUUGGUGUCAACAUUUCGGCUAAACUACAAGAAUUGCAGGCGAUUGGUGGAAAUACAACAGUUAUAAAUAUAGUUAACCUUAUAAAUAGGAACUCUUUUUAUUUAUUUGUUACUACCAAGACGGCCGAAACCCUGGAGCAUAUACUGUUUGCCUGCUUGGUAUACAUUGUAGUAUGCCUGGGCUUAUACAAACUGCUCUUUUUAGUAACAUUUAAUGGCGAUAAUGUUAAUCGACUACCAAGGCUUAUUAAGAGCAUAAAGUUACCUUCUAGCUGUUCAAUGAAAAGAGUGCUUUUUGUAACAUCACAUCCAGAUGAUGAGUGUAUGUUCUUUGGACCGUUGAUUUAUACAUUAACGCAACGCGAUGUACAAGUUCAUAUAUUAUGUCUAUCCAAUGGUAAUUAUGAGAACAAAUCGCAUUUGCGUCGCCAGGAACUUUGGAGUUCCUGCGCUUACUUGGGUAUACCAUCUUCUAAUAUAAUGCUAUUAAAUGCAACGCAUUUACCUGAUGAUCCUUAUGUAGAAUGGCAAACAGAAUCGGUAGCCAAAUAUAUAUUAAAUAUGGUGGAAAGUCUUGAUAUUGAUGCUGUAAUAACAUAUGAUCGAGAUGGUGUCAGCCAACAUCCCAACCAUUCUGCUGUAUACUAUGCAACGGCUUCAUUAUGCUUAGCUCAUUUGUUACCAAAAAAUUGUAAAUUUUUUACACUGGAUUCUGUAAAUACUUUAAGAAAAUAUAUUUCCAUUUUGGAUCUAAUAUGUACGUGCUUCAUGUCAACGAAUUGGUGCAUUUUGAGUUGGAGACAAGCUGCCAUUAUACGGAGUGCAAUGAAAGAGCACAAGUCUCAAAUGAAAUGGUUCCGUUGGUUGUAUAUAUAUUUUUCACGUUAUAUGUUUAUAAAUUCAUUUCGUGAAGUAAAUCUAUCGGAUGUUGAAUUAGAAAUGCAAAUUCAUGAUCAUUAAAUAUUAAUGAAUUUCAAAUAUAAAUAAACAUCGAUGUUAAAAAAACAAUAAUGAUUAAAUGAAACAAACACCAAACAUUUGAAACCAAUUGAAGAAUACCUUAAAGCCCUUGAAAAGGCAAACAUGACGAUUCUACAGAAACGCUUUUAUAAGUAGCAAACAUUUGUAUAAAUUUAAGCCAUGGGUACAUAUCUGGUCCAUUUACUUUUAGUUACAUAUAUUAUCACUAAUACAAUUAAUUUAAUUAUAAAUUCAUUAUACAUAUGUAUAACUAUAAUUUUUACUUUUAAAUAAUUUUGUUAAACAAAAGACAAGAGCUUUAUACAUACAUUGUAAGAACAUAAAUGAUACAAACAUGCAA